AUGAUAUCUUCCGGAGUUAAAGUGGCACCAGAAUGCCUAGAGGCUUUCCAAUCUUUGAAACUAGGAAAGAAAUUAAAGUAUAUCAUCUUCAAACUUUCUCCCAACAAUACCGAAAUCGUUGUCGCAAAAACAUCCGAAUCAUCAAACUAUGACGAAUUCUUGGAGCAUUUACAACCGGCCGAAUGCGCUUAUGCCGUUUACGAUGUCGAAUAUCAAAAAGGUGAAGAAGGAAAGAGAAAUAAAAUUUGCUUUUUCACUUGGUCCCCCGAUGACAGCAAGAUUAAACAAAAGAUGUUGUACGCUUCUUCAAAGGAUGCUUUGCGUAAAUCACUCGUCGGUAUUUCUUCAGAAAUUCAGGGUACAGAUAUGAGCGAAGUUGCACACGAGACAGUAUUGGAAAAGGUUUCUCGCUCAUCCUUCUGA